AUCCCUUCUUCCUUCUCCUAUCCCACUCGCCUCGUCUCACGUGGAUCAUGGGCGAUCGCCACCCCAAUCUCCGUUUCGAUCCAUCCAUCGCCUAAGCAGAACCUUUGGACGAGAAGAGAGCAUUAACCAGCGGAAGUUCGAACUUUUUUGUGGGUUUCCCUGGGUUUCUUUGGGGGGUUUGGAUUCGUGAAUGGCGAUGGAGGACACGACGGAGAGCUGCAGCAGCUGGGCUGCGGUGGAUUCGUCCCAGGCCCACACCAGGCAGCAGCAGCAGCGACACAAGUUGGACGUCUACAACGAGGUCCUCUGCCGCCUGAGGGAGGACGGUCGGCCGGAGGUGCAGUCCCCGACGUUCGAGGACGGGUUGUGGAACCACUUCAAUCGUCUCCCGGCUCGUUACGCAUUGGAUGUAAACGUAGAGAGGGCAGAAGAUGUCUUGACUCACAAAAAAUUGCUGGAACUGGCUAAAGAACCUGCAAAUAGGCCUGUCUUUGCUGUACGCUUGGUGCAGGUUUCUCCAGUUCCUGAUGGAAGCCAAGCUGAUUUUUCUGAUUCUAAUGCACCAGGAAUAGGAGAUUCUCAGUCUGCUUCAACUUACUUUAGGCAAAGUGUUCAUCCUCCUCCUGCCUUUGGUUCUUCGCCUAAUCUUGAGGCUCUUGCUCUUGAAGCCAGCAGGCAACAAGUUCAAGAUGAAGAUAACUUUGCCAGUGCUCCACCUUAUCCCAGGCCAAUGCAUGAAAUCACAUUUUCCACACAUGACAAGCCAAAGCUUCUAAGUCUGCUGACUUCCUUGCUUGCUGAACUUGGCCUUAACAUUCAAGAAGCACAUGCCUUUUCAACAAAUGAUGGUUACUCCUUGGAUGUGUUUGUUGUUGAUGGUUGGCCUUGUGAGGAAACUGAUCGACUCAAGGACUUGUUGCAAAAGGAAAUUCACAAGAUGGGGAGACAAGCAUGGUCAAAGUCUCAUUCAUCGUCUCCUCAAAUUAAGAAUGCACAAUCUGGAGAGAACUUUCUGCCUGACCAUGUCCAGAUACCAACAGAUGGGACUGAUGUUUGGGAAAUCAAUUUUCAGCUGCUGAAGUUUGGAAAUAAAGUAGCAUCUGGAUCAUAUGGUGAUCUUUAUCGUGGAACAUACUGUAGCCAGGAUGUGGCAAUUAAAGUAUUAAAGCCUGAGCGUGUUAAUGUUGAUAUGCAGCGAGAGUUUGCUCAGGAAGUCUUCAUCAUGCGGUUGGUUCUAUUUGUACAAUUAAUCAGUAUUAUUUUCUCAACAUCCAGUGGCUUGAGUGUAUAUAGUGCUAAUAGUACUAUAUCAUGUCUUUUCAGGGACUUUAGAAAGGUUCGUCACAAGAAUGUGGUGCAGUUUAUUGGUGCUUGUACAAAACCUCCUAGCUUAUGUAUUGUUACAGAAUUUAUGUCGGGUGGAAGUGUUUAUGACUUUCUUCAUAAACAGAAGGGAGUCUUCAAGCUUCCAGCUUUAUUGCGAGUGGCAAUUGAUGUAUCUAAGGGGAUGAACUACUUGCACCAAAAUAACAUUAUCCAUCGGGAUCUGAAGGCUGCCAAUCUUCUGAUGGAUGAGAAUGAGGCAAGUGAUUUCAGCACAUUCUACCAGCUGGUUGUUAAGGUUGCAGAUUUUGGUGUAGCACGUGUUAAAGCUGGGUCUGGAGUUAUGACUGCUGAAACAGGCACAUAUCGCUGGAUGGCACCUGAGGUCAUAGAACACAAGCCCUAUGAUCACAAAGCUGAUGUUUUUAGCUUUGGAAUUGUAAUGUGGGAGUUGCUUACAGCUAAGCUCCCAUAUGAAUACUUAACCCCACUUCAAGCAGCCGUAGGCGUUGUUCAGAAGGGUUUGAGGCCUACCUUACCAAAGAAUACUCAUCCAAAGCUUGAUGAGCUGCUGCACAAGUGUUGGCAACAAGAUCCAGCUGCCAGGCCUGACUUCUCAGAAAUAUUGGAGAUACUACAGCUUAUUGCUAAAGAGGUCGAAGAUGAAUACUGCCGUAAGGAUAAGUCAUCAGGUGGAUUUCUUUCUGUUCUCCGACGUGGCCAUUGAAACUUCAUUUGAUCAAAAUGUAGGUACGAUCUCAUCACCGGCAAUUUCCAGCCAUAGAUAAAGAUAGUACCUUAAAACUGUACAGUGUUCAAAUUUCAUGGCUUGUUUUUCAUGGUUCUUAAUUUUUAUGCUUUUAAUUCUUUUCUCUGUGUUUUUGUUAUUUGUUACCACUUCGUAAGGUGGAAUGUGAUGAGUAGGAGGACUCUUGUUUUUUUUUUGUCUAACAAUUCAUUUCAGUAUGUUAGACUUAAAUAUAUUCUUUAAUCUUUGCCACAAAGAAAGGAUUUUAUUUUUUUAUUUGUGCCAA